AAGUAAGGUUUUCAGGCACCACUGCAAAGAGCAGCUGGGAUUCCCAUCUCUGUCUGACAAGCUGGGAGAAGUUAUUUCUCCGAUCUGACCCUGGAGAAGGAACAAGUCAGUCAGCCUUCAUAUUCAAAGCUUAAUGACACUGAAACUUUGAUCCAGGCAGAAGGAAAGGAAGCUGGGCAUCAAUGGUCUUCAAGACAAUAAUAUCCAGAAGCAAGGGCCACAUAAUGUAAAAAUGAACCCAAGGAGUAGCCGGUCAACUGGAUGAAAAAUAGACCCACCCUGGAGCCUACAGGGUAACUUUUUGAUUUGGUGCUGUACCCAUCGCUACAUCCUUGCAGAGAAACUAAAGACCAUGAGGAGCAGCCUGACCUUGGCGGGGACACUCUGGGCAUUCCUGUCCCUUGUUACUGCUGUGGCAAGUUCUACCAGUUACUUCCUGCCUUAUUGGCUCUUUGGAUCCCAGCUGGGGAAACCAGUAUCAUUCAGUACAUUUCGCAGGUGCAACUACCCAGUUCGAGGAGAAGGGCACAGUCUGAUCAUGGUGGAAGAAUGUGGGCGCUAUUCCAGCUUCAGUGCCAUACCAAGCUUGGCCUGGCAGAUGUGCACAGUUGUGACAGGUGCUGGCUGUGCACUAUUGCUUCUGGUAGCACUGGCUGCUGUACUAGGCUGCUGCAUGGAAGAACUCAUCUCCAGAAUGAUGGGACGUUGCAUGGGAGCAGCACAGUUUGUGGGAGGACUGCUGAUAAGCUCAGGCUGUGCCUUAUAUCCCUUAGGAUGGAAUAGUCCAGAGAUAAUGCAAACAUGUGGAAAUGUCUCCAAUCAAUUUCAGUUAGGUACCUGUCAGCUUGGCUGGGCCUAUUACUGUGCUGGAGGUGGAGCAGCUGCAGCUAUGUUGAUCUGUACUUGGCUUUCUUGCUUUGCUGGAAGAAAUCCAAAGCCUGUCAUGUUGGUGGAGAGCAUCAUGAAGAACACCAGUUCUUAUGCCAUGGAGCUCGAUCACUGCCUCAGACCUUGAGUUUUGAAAGAUAAUUGGAGAGGGUGAAAAAGGGGAGGAAAGGGAACCAGGAAAACAGGCACUAAGACAAGAUGAGGCCAGUUGGCCCCCAUCUGCCAGAAGUGCAGCCUAGUAUUUGCAUGCUUUUACCCCACCUGUCAUUUACUUUCAUUUUCUGUAAGCCAGUGGAUCAGUGACUAUUUUCAAAAUAUACUUAGAGCAGUGAUUCUCUCAAAUAUUUAAGCAAUCAAUGUAUAUCCAAGAAUGCUCAAGUCUAAAUGGGCUUCUUUGUGCAAAAUAAGAAGACCCUCACCUGAAAGGUAACUGCAUAAACAAGCAGCUCUUUGCAGUGCUAUAGCACCUGUGUUCCACAUUAUCUUAAGGCUUGAAGGCCAAGUCGCAAGAGUUGUGCAGAGAGAGGCCAUGAGAUGGACAGGACUGUUGCACACCAUUCUCUUUAGCAUUUAUUGCCACCCCAAACAUCUCUGGAGGUUCUCACUCAAAUAUUUAUGACCUUAGGACUACAUUUUCUCCUAGUUUUGUUUUUUCCUUCACAUUUUUUUAGAAGCUUGGCAGGAGGAUAACUCCCAGUAGGCAAAACAUUAAUCAUGGAUGCUUGCAUAUAAUCUGAGUUCCCUACUGCAUUAUGAUUUAAAAUAUUCAUCAGAAUUAAUUUUUUUGUUCCUAUUGGGUAACUAGCAUCAAAAUAUAGUAGCAAGUAUUUCUUAACCUCUUUUAGGUAUGGGAAUUGUGUUCAUCAAAUGUUUUAAGAGACUUCAGUACCCAAUAAACAUGAAUUCAAUGUGAUGAUGACAAAGAUGUUUCUACUCGAUCCUUAUUGAAAUUUCUAUCAGAAAACAUUACAAUUGACUAGGAAAUCAGCAGUGGCAUUUUA